AUGCAUACAGAUUGGGUCAAUGAUAUUGUGGUCUGCGAUAAUGGAACCUCAGUCGUUUCUGCAUCUUCCGACAGAACAAUCAAAUUAUGGAAACCUUACAGUGAAACGCCCACAAUAGCACAUACAGUUGGCUGGCAUACAGACUACGCUAAAUGUUUGACCUAUGCUUCACAGCCUGGAUGGGUAGCCAGUGGAGGUUUAGAUAGACGUAUCAAAAUUUGGGAUCUCGAGAAGUUACAGGCAAGCCUUACUAUAGAUGCAACGCCAAUGAGUUCAUUUCCAGGGGGGACCUCCGAGACCAAUGGAAAUGCCAUGCAUAGCAGCAGCGUUUCUAGUAAAUGUUCUAUCUAUGCUCUAACAGUAAAUCCUUCGGGAAGCCUUUUAGCAUCGGGCUCUCCUGAAAAAGUUAUUCGCUUAUGGGAUCCUAAAUCAGGCAAACGUAUAGGCAAAUUAACAGGACAUACCGACAAUAUAAGGGCCUUAUUGAUCAGUGAAGAUGGCCAAUACAUACUCUCUGGCUCGUCAGAUUCGACCAUAAAGUUGUGGUCUGUCAAAGCUCAGCGUUGCAUUACCACAUAUGAGGCACACCCUGACUCCGUGUGGGCUCUUUAUUCAGAUCACCCUUCUCUAAGGACAUUUUAUUCAGGCUCUAGAGACGGUUUAGUCAUCAAAACAGAAGUCAGUGGUCAAGGUCUAACUGAAGGAGACAGUGAGUGUAUUGCAUUAUUCAAAGAAGAAUCAGGAGUCACUAAGAUCGUUACAAUGGAGGAUACAUAUGUUUGGACCGCUACUUCUAGCUCUAGUGUAAAUCGAUGGCUAUCCGUACCAUCUAUGCAAUCACGUCAAGUUUUACCUCGAUCAGAAUACAACACAGACAUCCCUAAUUCAGCAGUUGCAAAGUUACCUCCAGCUAAAUCUGUGUAUUCCUCACUUCAAGGUCCUGAUUCAUUCAUAGCAAGUGACCAAUUAACAAUGUACGCAAGUUCCGUUCUCUCAAUUCCUAUAAGUUAUCAAGGCGAAGACAUAGACAACGAUCAAGCUUUGAUCCCUAUCAGAACAGUACCAGAAUGCACUAUUAAGGGCAAGCCUGGCAUUGUUUCACACUUGGUAUUGCGUGAUCGACGUCACAUUCUUACUCAAGAUACCAAUGGCGAAAUUAGUAUGUGGGAUUUGAUAAAUGCUAUAACUGUUCAAUUACAUGAGAAUAGCUGCUUUGAUUGUGAAAUGUAUGCUGAUGAAGUGGAAUUGCCAGAAGACUAUGCUGUACGAGAGGAUCAGAGACUCAAUGUCGGCAAAUGGGUUCUUGUGAAUCUAUUUCGAAAUUUUAUCCAAAGUGAGCUCACUUAUGAAGAAAAAGAGGGGCAUGUUAAUUACAUUUUAAUAGAUCAAGCUGAUAAACCAGAAUCGGUCAAGAGCAAGACAGUUCAAACGCAAAGUGAGGGACGCAUAACACCGGACCAGCAGCAGCAGCAGCAACAACAGCAACAACAACAACAACAGCAACAGCAACAGCAACAACAAGAACAACAACAACAACAACAACAAACACCUAUAGUCCGACCUAUUACUAUUCCACCACCAAAAAUGCCAGUGGUUGCUGUUACUUCUACAGCGGCGACCAAAGCAGAACAAUUCCCUUUCUUACCAACUUCGCCACAAGGAAAACAAUUCAAUGGCGGUCCUUUCACGGCCCCUCCUUCUUCCAAUCCUCAAACAGACUAUUUUUCGGGCGCUCACCAUGCGCCUUCAAAAGUGCGCAGUGAAUCACCAGCAGCUGUACAAAUCCCACCUCCUGCCGCCUUACCGAUAUCAGCCACAUCACUGACAACUACAACGGCAAGUGGGAACUUAAUGAACCGUCUAAAGAGUUUUUCUGUUAAAGCUAAACUCUCAAGAACUCUCACGCAUGAAGAAAAGGUAUUAUCACCAUUUACAGAUUCAGUAACAGCAGCAGCAGAGACAACAACGACGACGACAAUUAACACGGACAAACAGUUAGGUUUUGACGAACACAAACAACCUAUACCGCUUCUUCCUACACCGAAUAUUAUUAAACAACAAAGUGAUACCGAAAAUGGUGGAUCUCCGAUCUAUUCACCUCCUAAUUUAAAUGAUUUUCCACCACUACAGAUCCCCCCAUCGACGAUGAUUGUUGUAGCAGAAGAAAGUGCUGAAGCAUCCACAGGAAUCGAUUUAUACCGAGGAACUGUCAGCUCUUUGGGAGACGAUGCAAAUGCUAUCAUUAACGUUGCACCAUCCUGGCUGCUAUCCUAUCUUCUUUAUAAUAAAACACCUUCCAAAGAGACCGUUAAACUAACCUUUGUGUUAAGGCCCGUUAAUGGAUCAAAAUUAGAUGAGCUUCCUGGCGGGUAA